AUGCCAUUUUCGGAAUCAGCACUGAAAACAGAGUUGAAACAUCAUCAAGUUAGUGAAACGUUAACAUUAUUUUGGAAUUUAUCCUGUGAUACAAUGUUGGAAAUACCAUUCACACACGAUUUAGUCCAAUUUUAUUCAGAGUCAGUACAACAUAAUAGUAAUUUACCUUAUAUAUAUUUAUUUGAAUUUUUUAUUGACAAAAAUGAUAUGGUAUCACUUCAAGAAAUAGUUGAUUUAGUCACAUUGCAACAUGGUGCACAAAAUGUUUUACAUGAUCUAGGUUUAGUAUUAAUUAAAUGUGAGAAAUUAAAACAUGGAGAAAAAAUAUUCCAAUUACCAUGGCUGAGAGCAAAAAAUGAACGAGUUGAAAAUCAUAUGAGAAAAUUUAUUAGUUAG